GCCGAACCAAAUUUUGUUUGUAUAGACUUGCUCUUUCAAACUAAUAAGGUCAAAAAAUUAUCUGGGCUGAACAUGGGUUGCGCCUCCAUUGUUAGAAGCAUGGUGACUCGAUGGGGCAAAAGACGGCGAAAAAAUUAUUCCACUUGUUAAAGUGUAACAAUGUUUGUUACCUGUUAUGCAAAGCUCGGUAAAAAUUUACAAAACAAGCAGAGCAAAUUGUGUGAAUGAGUGCAAUCCUAUCAUCAAAAAUUCAAUAGCUAUUAAUUUUAUGUUCUUAACGAUAUUUGUACAAGUCAGGAUGUGUGUUAUUUAUUAAAAGUGUAAUACAUACAUAUGCAUUUUUGGCUCAAUUUGAGUAUUAAUAAACAUAUGAGUUUGAUGUGAGUAUUUCAUGUUGCGUUUGAAGGAAAUGAAUUUGAAAUGUAAAAAUUAAUCGGAUAGCUGAAUUUUAAAUCUGUCAAUUUUUUAGGUGGUAAUCGAUCCCUUAAACUCGUGGCACCUCGAUUGAAAAAUUAUAAUCAUCGAAAAUAUACUAAAAACGGCCAUUUUUGAAUGUAUGCAUGUAUUCCAAUUUAUGGUUUGAGGAAAUCUGUAAUAAUCAGUGCACGACUCGAAAAGUCGAACCCGCGCCGAAACCACAGAAAUUGAACUCCCGGGUUCGAACUCGGAUUGGAGUGAAGCCGAACCAGGAAACCGGGUUCGAACCCAAACCCGUGCCAAGUUCUGACGCCCGAUUCUCCAGCCCCCGCGCCAGUCUCAACGCCCGUGCCAACAGGAAGCGUGCGCUCUCAUGCUCGCCGUACUCGGAUUCCUUCGACAUCAACUCCAUGAUCCGGUUUUCGCCUUGCUUGGUGUCCUUAGUCAAUGGGUCCAGAGGGUCUUCGGCCGCCAGCGGGUCGUAUGGUCAUCUCUCCGCCGUUUUGCCAGAUUAUUCUGCUCCUCCUCAGUUGAAGCUGCCCAAUAAUAACGAGCAAAGAUUGACACGAUUAAGUAUUCAAUUUGACAUCUUGGAGGAAAAAGGAAAGCCGGAUUUCGUCAAUACGUCACAAGUCGACCAUAUUUUGACGAAUAGCGAAAUCCAAGCGUCGAGAAGUCCAAGUCGAAAAAGUGUCGACACUCCACGUUGGGAUGACGUUACAUUUUUCAAAACUGAAGAAGAGGACAAAAUCGAGUCCGCAAAUUAUGACGACGUGCCAAAAAAUGUGAUCCCAAAAAUUGAAAUUAAACCUGAAGAAGAAAAGGAGUCUGAAAUGGAGGAGGUCAUGGAGGACGAAUUAAGGUCGAAUUCCGAACGUGACUCUGCCGCCGUGACGAAGUCCGUGUCACGCUACAUUCUCGUCGGGAUGUUGAUGUUGGCGGGAAAUCCGUUUGUACACAUUUUACUUGUGGAGGAGAGCCCUUGCACGCCAAAUUUCAUCAGCUCUCUCUUCCUGCCGUGUGAAGGGUUCAAAAAUCAUGGCGUUUCCCUCCUUCAAAAGGCGCCCUUCAUCGGGGUCGAGUAUUACUUGACGACGGUUAUUUUCUUCUCGUGGUCAUUUAACUGGACCAUAAUUUAUUUGGGGAUGUCCUGGAUCAUUGCGGAACUUAGAGUUAUGUCGGAAGCUUUAUCCACAAAGGUUGAAUCCUCCGUGCAUCAGUACCGUUCCAUCGAGUGCAUCGCGACCUUAAUGAAUGACGCAUUUUUCAUGUACCUUUCAACGUUUCCGAACCUUCUCUUCGCCAUCGUGUCCAUUCUGAUGUUUAGCUUCAUACGCAUUUGGCACUACUCACCCAGAUCCAAUCUCAUGUUUCCGCUGUGCGGGAUCCGGUGCGCUUUCGAGGCCGUGACCCCGCUGGCCGUGGCGGGCGACGUGAACGACCAGAACAAGGAGGUCGUCGCCAAGUGGAAGCAGGGCGUCGUGGCGCGGAGGGGGUCGAACAGGGCGAAAAAGGAGGCGAUCGCGUACCAAAAGUCGUUCCACGCGGUGCGCUGCACGGCCGGGUCGUUGUACACGUUCGAAAACUCCAUCGUUCUCUGCUGUCUGAAUAAUUGUAUGCAGUUGACGCUCAAUUUAUUCCUCACGUUUAAAUAGAGAGGAGAAAGUUGCGUGAAAUUUGUGUUAACAAUUUUGGGCGAGUAAAAAAAAUAUAAAAGUAAAUAAAUAUGUAUGUAUGACCUGUGA